AAACGGGCGGCGCGGUCGGUCAGCGGUCACCUACGUCCCGGGGCGCCGAUGGAGCCCCACCGCUGGGGAGCGUCGGGCGGCGGACAGCGCGUCCGGAGGAGCCCCUCGUCGCGGGCGGCGACGGCUCAAUUUUUGGAGCCUGUACCAUGUGCUUGGCAUUCUUCUAGACUAUGGGAUACAGCAGCAAACCAGAGGAGCAGAUAUCCUAGUUUGGUCAUGGUGUCGGACAAUAAACAAGCCCCAUGGAAUGCAGCACGCCAGGCUUCCCUGUCCCUCACCAUCUCCUGGAGUUUGCCCAAGUUCAUAUCCAUUGAAUUGGUGAUGCCAUCCAACCAUCUCAUCCUCUGUUGCCCUCUUCUCCUGCUGCCUUCAGUCUUUCCCAGCAUCAGGGUCUUUUCCAGUGAGCUGGCUCUUCACACCAGGUGGCCAAAGUAUUGGAGCUUCAGCUUCAGCAUCAGUUCUUCCAAUGCACAGAAUUCAGGGAAGCUGGAGUCCAGGGAUGGAAGAGACCCUCUGAGGGCGAAUAUUGCAGUGUGUUAUAAUGGUCUCGUCAAAACCAGAACCAGUGAUGAUGCCGCAAUACAACAGUGGCUUGAAAUAGAAGACCCCAAAGCAUGUCAGAAGCGUAACAGAAUACCCAAAAGUCUAUGUAAAAGCCGCUCUUCUGUGUACUGUUUUCACAUAUUUGGGGAUAUUUCUGAAACUUUGAGUUAGCAUCUCCUGUUCCCUAUAUUUGUGUUUUUCUUUCCCCAUCUUUUCUAUAUUCUUUUUGAAAAAUAAUAUAGCGUGGCAGCAGAGCCUCUGGAAUGGCUUCCAGUCUUUCCUGCUCCCUAGUUCUCUUCCCCUGCUAACCACCCCGUCCCCCGUCCCCUCCCACUCUACCAGGGUCGGUCACUGUGGCCCUAGAACACAGCAGGAGCGAUGGCGUGUCCUUGAGUUUUAGUCCGAGACAUGGUUUCCAUCUCAGGGGCUCACGCAUUUUCUCUCUUGGCUCCCUCCCUCCUGGGAAGCGGGCCGUCGCAAUCGCCAUGAGAGGCCACUCAGGAGGGGCCCCUGGGACGAGGAAUGAAGCCCGCAGCCAGCAAGAACCCACCGCUGCCGACAAACAGGGUACAUCAUGAGAAAUGCUGAGCUGAAUGAAGCACAAGCUGGAAUCAAGAUUGCUGGGAGAAAUAUCAAUAACCUCAGAUAUGCAGAUGACACCACCCUUGUGGCAGAAAGUGAAGAACUAAAGAGUCUCUUGAUGACAGUGAAAGAGGACAGUGAAAAAAGUUGGCUUAAAGCUCAACAUUCAGAAAACUAAGAUCAUGGCAUCCAGUCCCAUCACUUCAUGGCAAAUAGAUGGGGAAACAAUGGCUGACUUUAUUUUGGGGGGCUCCAAAAUCACUGCAAAUGGUGAUUGCAGCCAGGAAAUUAAAAGUCGCUUACUCCUUGGAAGGAAAGUUAUGACCAACCUAGAUAGCAUAUUAAAAAGCAGAGACAUUACUUUGCCAAUGAAGGUCCAUCUAGUCAAGGCUAUGGUUUUUUCAGUGGUCAUGUGUGGAUGUGAGAGUUGGAUUAUGAAGAAAGCUGAUCGCCAAAGAAUUGAUGCUUUUGAACUGUGAUAUUGGAAAAGACUCUUGAGAGUUCCUUGGACUGCAAGGAGAUCCAACCAGUCCGUCCUAAAGGAGAUCAGUCAUAGGUGUUCUGGAAAGACUUUGAAAGAUGUUGAAGCUGAAACUCCAAUACUUUGGCCACAUGAUGGGAAGAACUGACUCAUUUGAAAAGACCCUGAUGCUGGGGGGGAUUGGAGGCAGGAGGAGAAGGGGACGACAGAGGAUUAGAUGGCUGGAUGGCAUCACCGACUCACUGGACAUGGGUUUGGAUGGACCCUGGGAGUUGGUGAAGGACAGGGAGGCCUGGCAUGCUGUGGUUCAUGGGAUCGCAAAGAGUCGGACACGACUGAGCGACUGAACUGAACUGAUGGAAUGACUUGCUCUGAGCACCGACACAGGGGAUCCCAGCUUUGAGAGCAGAGGUCCGUGGUUUCAUGAACCUCCGCUCCCGUCAGUAGAGAUCAAAAUGUUUGUGUGAGUUUUCUGCACUUGUCCAGUGUAUGUGUUAGUUGCUUAGUCAUGUCUGACUCUCUUCGGCCCCCAUGGACUGUAGCUCACCAGGCUCCUCUGUCCAUGGGAUUUCCCAGACAAGAAUCCUGGAGUGGUUGUCAUUCCUUUCACCAGGGGAUCUUCCCGACCCAGGGAUCAAACUCAGGCCUCCUGUAUUGCAGGCAGAUUCUUCACCAUCUGAACCACCAACUAAACCGAGUCACAUUACAUGACUGGGUCCUUAUAAACCCAGUCACAUAAGGACCAGUGUUGCUUUUAGAAAAAAGCACAGGAGUGUGAAAAGGUGGCUGUUCCGGGGCUUUCCUGGCACAAGCCGCCUGCCCAGGCCUGAGGCCGGGAUGAGAUGGGCAGGAAGGUGGCUCCACCUGCUUCCAGGGCCUGUCUGCCAGGACGUCCAGCCUCUCUGCUGCACCUUUUCAUGCACUGUGAGGUUGGACUGGCAGCAGGGUUGGCCAUGUAAGCAACGCUGGGGUGCAGGCUUUUUAGGAGGUGUGAGGGGUGUGGUGGCUACAGAGAGAAAUCCUCUUCCCCAGCAGAGGAUUUGCACGUGUGAAACAUGGUGCUUGCUUCUCUUUUCAGGGUUUUUAUGAAAUUGCUCAUGGACUGACUGCAUGAGUUUACUUUGUUUUGGUUUUGUUUUUGCAAUUUUUGACCUUCAGAGCUCAAAGAGCUGGUCUCCUGUGUGCAGCAUUCAAGAUCAUUCCCAUGGUGUGUGUGUGUUUUAAACAGUUUGAUAUCACAUGUAUACCUGCAGCUUUCAGAAGGCCUCAUAUAAAAGUCUCGUUUUAUAUUUGUGUUAAAGUCUCUUUGGAGAAGGAAAUGGCAACCCACUCCAGUACUCUUGCCUGGAAAAUGCCAUGGAUAGAGGAGCCUGGUAGGUUACAGUCCAUGGGGUCGCAAAGAGUUGGACACAACUGAGCGACUUCACUUUCUUUCACUUUAAAAUCUCUUAAUGCUAAUAGUAAAUGCAAAACAGGUGCGGAAAAGAGCCCACAGCAAUUCUAGCAGGGAAAACACAGCAGUCGUGGUUAUAAUGACCUAACAAUUAAGGGUUAGGUGAAAAUCACGCUAAACUUGGGAGACUGUUCUAAAUCUUCAUCACAUACAGGUGCCACAACUAAGCCUGCAUGCUCUGCCCUGUCUUACUCAGAACUGGGAACGCCCUAUGGACUCCUGUUUCCUCACCUCCUGGCCUGCUCCUUUGACCGAAGGACACAACUCUGGGACUCCUGUGAGUUCUGACUUGCCUGCUAUUACGAGGCUUCUUUCUGUUACGUGCCCUGCUGUUUGUUAUUCAGUCUCUCAGUCAUGUCUGACUCUUUGCAACCCCGUGGACUGCAGCACGCCAGGCUUCCCUGUCCCUCACCGUCUCCUGGAGCUUGCUCAAACUCAUAUCCAUUGAGUCGGUGAUGCUAUCCGACCAUCUCAUCCUCUGUCACCCCCUUCUCCUCCUGCCCUCUAUCUUUCCCAGCAUCAAGGGUCUUGUCCAAUGAGUUGGCUCUUUGCAUCAACUGGCCAAAAUAUUGGAGCUUCAGCAUCAGUCCUUCCAAUGAGUAUUCAGGGUUGAUUUCCUUUAUGAUUAACUGAUGUGAUCGCCUUGCCAUCCAAGGAGACCAAAGCUUAAGCUGUACUCCCAGCUUAAGGCAUAAGUGAAGUUACAGGUUUUUGUCAACUGUGCUCAAGUCACAUUUGUCUUUAUUUCAUAAAGUUAUAUUAAUGAUAUCUAGCAUAAUCCUUUUAUGAUCAGCCCUGAAAUCCUUUUUUGGGGGGGAGAAGUUAACAGACUCAGAAUUGGUGGAAAAUCUUUUCAAAGACUCAAAGUGCCAAUCAGUUGUUUGUUUUUUUUUAACCAAUAUCAAUUUACAGGAGGUUCAACAUGACGUGUGAUUUCUUCUUGCCAAAGCUAACAUUACAGUUCACUUUAAUUCUCUCCUCCCCGCCUUUAAAAAAAUUUGUAUUAGAUAAGGUUUUGGCUCCACGUGUACUAUUCCUGCUUUCACGUCAAGGCUGUAAUUAAGUCUUUGUUUGUCCUGACUUGCAGUUCCUUCCUGGCACUGGAUAAGAGCUAAGAUGUUGCUUCUGCAGGUCCUUCCCACAAUGAAAGUGGAGGUAACAGCAAAAUGAUUACUAGCUUUAGUAAUGGGAAUUAUAAUACACACAAUAAAACAAAUUCACCUUAAUAUUAAAAAUGGGAUGCAGAAGUUUAUCAGCCACUUGUCAAGCUAACCCACUUAGGAAUUCAAAAAUAAUUUUUAAUCUUUGCAUAAAUGUUUUUUUCCAUUUUCCUUCUUGAAAAACACAUCAAAUUUUGAACAGUGUGCUAUUUCUUGGGUUUAUGUAUACUUUCAUUUUUCAAAAGCAAGUAAUAGACUAUGUUAAAGCAUUGCUUCAUUUCUUCCAGUCUGGUUUUUUAAGGUCAGAGUGACCAUUCAAUCCAGCAUGUUCUAGAACUAGAUGCUUGGAAAAACAGUCUUCUCUCUGGUUACUCUUACACAACCUUGAGUCAUUUUCUUCACUCUAAAGAGAUACGUUCAGCAUUGGAAAAAAGUAAACCUGACCUUGUCAUCUUAAGUGAGGCACAAGAUUAGGUGUGAAUAUUUAACAAACACUUUGCAAUCUGAAAAACAAUAAAAAAAAAAUCUUAAUUUGGGGGUGGAUCUUGCAUCUUGUUAAUUCUGCAAUUAGGCAACUAUCAUAAACUAAAAUCUGAGAUUUUGAGGUUAUAAAAUGGGUCAGAAAAUGGGAAUAAAAGCCAGCUUCCAUCCUA